AAUACUGGUUACUAUUCGGAGAAACUUUAUCAACAAGUAAGUGCACACGAAUGAAAGAAUCAAAUACAUUUGAGCUGAAAUAUUUCUGAUGUAGUGUCGUAGAUUAACUUUUGAUAUCGAAAUUGAUUAAUGCGGAUCUUACUCAUGUCAUAGAUUUGGUUACUUUAUUACUUAUAAACUAAAACAUAAAAAUCACAAGAGAAAUAAAGCUGAGUAUUGACUUAACGAGUAUCUUUCUAGUAACAGUUUUAACUUCUAUUUGACUGAUCAUGAUAACGUCUUAUAACACAUUUUACAAGAAGUGAAUCAAGAAAAAUUUCAUACACCAGAAAAUAAUGUGCUUACUGCAUUCUUUCAGAAUAUUAUCAUAUAGAUGAUGUGGCAUAUAACGACAUUCUGUUUGAAUAUUUUUAGUAGAAAUCUCUGAUAAACGCAAAAUGUGAAACAAAAUUUUAUUUAAAAUAGAGAAAAUCUUGUGAUAAUCUUUAAUAAGACUUCUGGUAAGAAGAAGUUAUUUUACCAUAAGUAUUCGAUCGGUGAUAGAUAAUUAAUUACAAUAUUAUUUUUGAGAAUAUUAACGUAAGAUUUAAAUCUUUUCUUCAGAAAUAUAUUAGAGAAUAUGUAGAACUACUAAUUCCGUCUUUAUCUACUUUUGUAUUUCUUAAAAAAAGCGAGCAAUGAAUGAAAUCAUGAGUGACAAAUGUAGUAGCAAUCACCAAUAGAAGAUUUUGUUUUUCAUUCUAGAUUCUUGCUAAUAUAACACUUACAGAUCAAAAUAUACUCGAAGUGGGUUGUGGCAGAGGUGCUGGUGCUGCCUGGUGUGUUCGUAAAUAUGCUCCUCGUUCUUAUGUUGGAAUGGAUCCUUCUCGAAAUGUCAUUAACCUAUGUCAACAAACUUACUCAACAACUCCUCGACUCUCGUUUAUGGUAGCUGGUCUAAAAACUUAUUUAUCAUUUCAAAAUGAAUCAAUGGAUGUUGUUCUUUCGAUUGAAACAACAAACAUUUUUGAUGAAACACAAGCAGUGAAGGAAUUUGUCGAUGAAAUUACUCGUGUGCUUACUCCUAAUGGAUACUUUCUCUGGUGUGGUUUGUGUAAUGUAGAUGGAUCAAGUUUAUUGAUUGAUUAUUUAACAGCAAAUAAUGGAUUUAUUAUCAAAGAAAAGGUCAAUAUUACAAGAAAUGUUCUUCAUGCACUUGAUAUUCAAAGUAACUCACGUGCUGAUUUUAUUGACCGUUAUAUUCAAUCUGCAGAUCAAGAAUAUUGUCGUCUAUUGGCUGGAUUACCUGGCACUGAACUUUAUGAUAAUAUGCAACAAGGAAGGACAGAAUACUGGCGAGUUGUAUUCCGCAAGAAGAUAACAACCGAUACACCUCUUAUUUAA